CGCUUUGGCUCUAACAGCCAAUUACAGACGUCGCUGGGCGGGGCUUGAGUGAAGGAAAACAGUUAAACGGUUUCAUUCGUGAGGAGAAGCCGUUGGAGGAUGUCUCAGGCCGAGAGGCUUCCCCCUCACGAUCCGAGCGGCCUGGUCCUCCGCGCCGUGGAGAUGCACACCGGAGGGGAGCCGCUCCGUGUGGUGCCUCCUUGGGGCGGCCUGGCCUCGCUGUCAGCCCCGGGCCUGUCGCUGCUGGAGCGGCGCCGCCUCCUGCUCACCUCCCCGGAGCUUGACGCGGCGCGGCGGCUGCUGAUGCACGAGCCGCGGGGCCACCGCGACAUGUAUGGGGCGCUGCUGGUGCCCAGCGAGCUGCCCGAGGCCGACGUGGGCGCCCUCUUCAUCCACAACGAGGGCGCCAGCGCCAUGUGCGGCCACGCCGUCCUCUGCCUGGCCCGCUUCGCCCUCGACUACGGCCUACACCGCGGCGGGGCUGCUUUCCCAGGAGAGGCCGCGGUCACCAUCCACUGCCCCUGCGGGCCCGUCACCGCCUUCGCCGCCUGGGACGGAAAACGCAGCGGGGCCCGUGCCCGCUUCCACAGCGUCCCCGCCUUCGCCGCCGCCACCGAUGUUUCCAUUGAUGUUCCAGGAUAUGGAAAAGUAGUUGUUGAUGUUGGAUAUGGUGGCGCUUUCUAUGCAUUUCUCAGUGCUGACCAGUUGGGACUUGAUGUUUCUUCUUCGAAAAUUCAGGAUCUGAUUGAUGCAGCAUCUGCAGUAACUGAAGCGGUAAAGUCUCAGUUCAAAGUUCACCAUCCUUUAAUUGAAGAUGUGGCUUUCAUCUAUGGAACUAUACUGACGGAUGGAAAAGACAAAUUUAGCGAUGAACCAACAGUCAACAUAUGCGUGUUUGCAGAUGCACAGGUUGACCGCAGUCCUACUGGGUCGGGUGUGACUGCUCGCAUUGCCUUACAGUACCAUAAAGGACUAAUUCAACUGAACCAGACCAGGACCUUCAGAAGCAGUUCAACUGGCUCCUUGUUUACUGGAAAAGCAAUAAAGGAAUCUAAAUGUGGAGAUCACAAUGCUGUUAUAGUAGAAGUGGCUGGAGAGUCCUUUUACACGGGAACAUCAACAUUCACUCUUGAAGAGGAGGACCCUUUGAAAUAUGGAUUCUUUCUGAAGUAAUUGCUACUCUUGGGGAUGGGAGAGGUGGCGGGCUGGCGGAUGGCUGGCAGGGAGCGUGCCUCCGAGCCCUGGGUGUAGACUGGGCCCUGGUGGGGAGGAGGGGUCUCGGGGAAGGAGAAGGGCCAGCAGCGCCCCUUUGGCCUCCCUCCCCACCAGGAGGGCCUGGAGCGCUCCCUGCUUGCGCCACCUCCCUCCCUGGAGCCCGGCUCUGGCCCCGCCUCCACCUGGGAUAGUGGCGCAGCUGGCAGACCCAAGCCCUAUUUCCUUGGUGGAUGGUGAGGCUGCCUCCUCACCUGAGACCCUGGCCUGACCCCACCUGGGAGGGGCACCCUGAGUGCAGGGAACAGCCGAGGCGGGACCAGGCAGGGCUCCUCACAGGCCUCCGCUUUGCAGGCCCAUAUCACAGCCUGCUUCUCCGCUGCCUGCAGCGCCCUCCUUUCUCCGAGGGCCCACAGGGUGUGUGUAAUGAACCCUUACCUUUAGCAGCCAGAAUGUGGGGCCUAGCGAAGCCCCUGCAGCCAUUUUGGAUUAGGGAAACAGGGAGAUGCCAUCUUAGGUUAGGUUUUCUUAGAGGGGGCGUGUCCUUGUUAAGGAAGCAAAGAGUAGAUGGCCAGGAUUGGUUAGGAAUAGGGGGCGGAGCCUAAUAUUCAGAUAAAGAAAAAAAGUGUACCUUUUGAAUUUUUGAGGCUUGAGUUGGCAGUUGGGUUUUGUCGGUUGGGGAGUUAAGGUAGUCAGUUGGUGUUAACAGUUGGAUAGUACUAGAUAGGAGAACUGGGUUAAUCUUUUGUAGUAUUCAAGGUCUAGAGGAAUUGGCCAAGAAUACUGACAGGGAACAGCACCUUGCUUAUGGUCUGUUUCUUUUAUCCUUGAGGAAGGCUAGGCCAAAAGGGUUCUUUGGCUAGAUUCCAGAAAGGAGGAAUUUGGUUUGGAAUUAUCUUCAGAGAUUAAUUUCCUGAGAUAAUCUCCUGUUUGUUAACUCUAGAUUUGAAUCCAGUCCCCAUCUAAGAAUGGUACAUCAAACGUAAGCAAAAGCUUUUGUGCCAUUAACUUACAGAAACCAAUACACAUUUGUACCAGAAGAGUUUAAGCCUGUUAAAUAAACGUUUUAUUAUAGUUAACACAUUACAA